AUGGUAGUACUCGAUCUGGACCUAUUAUCGCGCAGGGCCGCGAGUCAAAAUUCUAUAAAUGUUAACCUCAAAAUACCGCGAAAAACCCGAAAUAAUGGAACAUUGUACAUGCAUGCGGUUUUAUUGGAUGAAAGCCGUUUAUAUAGAGAUUUCACGGAGUUACGUGAAACAGAGGCCAUGCAUACACUUCCUCUAGUAUCCUAUGUUGAACCUCAAGCUGCCACAUUUAAUCUCCUUAAAGAUGAUAUGGGUAAUGACAAAGAAGUUUAUAAAAGUAUUAAACCAUUUUCUCAUAUAUCUACAUUAGUUCCAUUGUCAGUACUAACAGAUAAAUUGAAUCUUCCUGCAAAAAUACCUGGAGAAUUGCUGCCCUAUAUGAGAGUUCGAAAUGGAAAAUUCUUACCAAUUAUUAUACAUAAUGUUUUGAAAUCAAGAAUAAAUCAUUUGCAGUUAUUAAAUAAUAGUAUGUCUGAUGUCAAUAUAACUGUGACUGUAACACCCACCUCAUAUGGUUCUUUACGGCUGGCAUUGCAUGUUCGUUUGGCAUUAGAGCAAUUGCAUAGCCUUGGUUUCAGUGAAAAAGAUGUUGAUGAUGUAAAAGGCAUAUUUGAAGAUACCAACUUAUAUUUACUUUCAGCCACUGUAUUAAUAGCAAGCUUUCAUUUGUUAUUCGAUUUCCUCGCAUUCAAGAACGAUGUUUCAUUUUGGCGUCGCAAGCGUUCAUUGGCUGGUCUGUCAGCACGUACAGUAUUAUGGCGGGCGUUUUCUCAGCUUAUCAUAUUUUUCUACCUUCUUGAUGAGCAGACAUCUCUGUUAGUUCUCAUACCGGCAGGCAUUAGUGCUGUCAUUGAGCUUUGGAAGGUGACUAAGGUGCUGCAUGUGCGCGUGGCGGUGUCGCGUUGGCGGGUGCGGGUCUGGCGCGAGGUGCGAACUGAUGCGGGCGAGCAGAGCACGGCGCGCGCCGAUGCGGAGGCAAUGCGAUACCUCGCCAUGCUGCUGUACCCGCUGUGUGCCGCCGGCGCCCUAUACUCGCUGCUCUACGAGCCGCACAAAGGCUGGUACUCGUGGGCGUUGCACAGCACCGUGAAUGGUGUUUAUGCCUUUGGAUUCCUCUUCAUGCUGCCGCAGCUGUUCGUAAAUUACCGCCUUCGCUCUGUGGCGGCGCUCCCCUGGCGCGCCUUCAUGUACAAGGCAUUCAACACCUUCAUCGACGACGUGUUCGCCUUCAUUAUCACAAUGCCCACCGCCCACCGCGUUGCCUGUUUCCGCGAUGACUUGGUCUUCCUUGUUUACUUAUACCAAAGAUGGUUGUACCCAGUUGAUAAGACUCGCACAGACACUGCCACCAGCAUGACUGACAAUCCGGAUGAAGUGGAACCUUUGAAAUUGAAAGACGAU